AUGUCACCAAAUAGACAUAUGCUAGAUGGGACAAAAGAUAAAGCAAAGGAAGAAGAAAGUGAGCAUAUUGAAGAGGAUGAAGCCGAGCAGAUUGUUGGUUGCAAGUCAAGUUUGCUGGAGAACAAUUUUGUUACUGGAACAUUUGAACCAUGGCAACAUCAAUGGCAACUUGAUCGACCGAUUGAUGGGCCAUAUAUUAUGGCUCCAUUCAAUCGAUUCCGAACGCUCGGGCAGUACCAAUCAGUAUGCUGUCAGCAAACUAAUGUGGAGACGAGUCCUGUAGAUAGCAAUGAUCUCUCUUAUCUUGAGUCACAUUUUGUCCCUGGGCUUACCAGCUUUCCAAUGGAAAGUUGUCCUGAAUUUCUUAAUUGUUAUGCUCUUCAACCGAACUCAUUAGACAUUAACAUAAAUACUGCAUCGGAGGCUGACCAGGCUGAGCCACCUUUAUCAGCAGAUAAAGAUGCUUUAGACAAUGGACCACACUUGAGGAAUAGUUCUACUUCGAUUCAGAGCGAUUUAAUCAACCACAAUAUUUCUUCCUUCAAAUCAGACGCUUAUGUAGAGCAGCCGCCUUCAAAUUCUGCUCUAUUUUCACUUAUUUCUCCAUCUUCCCCAAACAUUCAUUCCGCCUCCUCGGCUGAUCCUCACAUCGGAUUGUCACCGUCGAAAUCUUUGAUUUUCUCAUCAUUGGUCAGAUCUAAUGACUUGCCCGCCAGAACAACAGAAGAUCUUUAA